AUGUCGUUAUUCAGUCCUGCCAACGUUGGCCCGUUCAAGUUGAAGCAUCGUGUUGUCGUCGACCCAAUUCUUAUGGGCUGGGGUGAAGCACAACUUAGCACAUACUUUGAUGAGCUGGACCCCGAGGGAGGCUUGAUCCUCGCACCCAAUGCGCUCCUGGAGGCAACCGAGCUUACACAAAAGCGCACCGUGGACCGCUUACACAGCCUGGACAGUGUGGUCUUUGCUCAAUUGUGUGAUGGAAGUCAUAACAUAGCCUCAUUGUCGGAAAAUGCCAUCAAGACUGGAUAUGAUGGAGUGGAGAUCAGUGCUGGAGUGGGAUCAACUCUCCACAGAGCUUUUCACCAGGCCAAUGACUUGCCUACUGCGACAUUAGCAGUUACCGAGGCUAUUGAGAGUGUUGUGGCUGUUGUUCCAGCUGAACAAGUUGGCAUUAGAUUCACACCUUUUGCCAUUGUGGAAGGAAAUCGUUUCCCAAUGCCCGACACACUCUACUGUGCCAUGAUUGAGUCAAUUCGAUCAAAAUUCCCUAAUCUUGGCUUUGUACACAUUGUCGCCCACACUCUAUUUGAUGACUUUGAAUACACCAGCAACAAAUCCUUGGACGUCUUCAGAGCAGCAUUGGGUCCUGAAGAUGCAAGGCAAACGGCAUUCAUUUCAGCAGACGCGUAUGACCCGCAAACUGCCAGCAAAAUCGCCUCAAACACUCCAGAUCUCGUGGCCAUUAACCUUCCCGCUGACAUGAACCCCAAGUUAGUAUCAUCUCUCCGCCGGGGCAACAAGUCAUACAGCCUUGGGAGAUCGACUGCAGACCGCCUCCAGGCUAUCCGCACUGCCUUUGACGAGGGCAAAGAGUAUAUUGUCGAAUGGAGCGAUGAACAAAAAUCUCGAACCGAACAAGCUAUGGUCGACCUCGAUAAACAUUUGAGCAACUUUGAUCCUUCCUUGUCCUACGAGGGCACGGACAAGAAAGUCGCCUGGCGCAAGUCUUGCUGGUUCGCCUGCGAGGGCAUUGCCCGUCCCUUCCUGGAUACCGAAGAGGCGAUUGCCCGAUUCGAUGGGGACCUUAAAGACGGCAUAACUGGUAUCCAAGGGUUGCAGAAUCGUCAAGUUCGGCGCUCAGCAGAGUACCUGAAAUCAGUACUAGACAGCGCACUGGUGACCACGAGCAAAGCGGUCGGAAUUGGCCAAGACAUGAUCCAGCGCUGUACUGUCCGAUAUCGAGCGAUUAAAUACACCCCUCAUGCAGGUGCCCCCGGAGGCAUUGGAUUGCAUCCAGAUGGAAACCUACUGUCCGCACUGAUCACCAAUGGAGAUGGAUUACGAGUCUAUGAUUUCGAUGGAACUGUUCGCUUUCCCUCCGAUGUCAAUGGGACGAUCAUGAUGGGCGGGUCUACGCUCUACCGUUGGUCACAGGGCAAAUACCCCCCGACCUUCCAUGAUGUCGAUAUCGGCAAUGGCCAGGAUAAAUUCUCGAUUGUCGCCUUUUUCAACUUCCCUGAUAUGGUCUCCAUUCCACACAGCCUGAUUUCUGGGGAUGUGAAAGAGGGGGCCAGCUUUUUCCAUGAUAUAAAGAGCAUUAAAGAGGAUGAUAAAUCGCCACAGGGGCAGCUGUCUCCAUUGUGGGAUAUUAUCAUCGAUCGGCAUCAACUGGUCCUGCCACCAGCGGUCGCUGCCAAUUGA